AUGGAAACCGCAAUACACCACAAGAGAAACUCUGAUAAAAGAUUGUCGAUUUGGACUGAAACUUCUCGGAACUUUUUGGUACAGUUAGCAAGCCGAAUACUCGAUGAAAAACCUUCGCGCCACCAAGUUUACCAUGGAUAUCUUUGUUCGGUACAAAUCCGAUUGCCAUUGCUACAGAUAAUCACAACACCCAUCAACCUUGUCAGCCGCUUCGAAACCAUAUCAGAUGCAACCACUACGACGAAGAUUGCCGCAGCGAACAAUCUAGGAGAUAGAAAGACUCGAUUACCUUCCGAUCACAAGGUCACUAUUUUCGAAGCUCGACAACAACAAUUAAAUAUGUCUCAUAUCAUCUCGGUCAUGACAACUUUCGUACCAUCAUCUCUGCCAAUAACCGUUGUUCUAACAAUUACCAAGAGAAUCCUCUAUGCAAACCCUUGCGUGACAAACGGAGUAGCAGUAACAAAGUACCCAAAAGAAGAUCAGUAG